AUGGAGCACGACAUAUUUGAAGCACUGCCCGCUGGAUAUGAAACUCGGACAUUCACCCAGAUGAAAAAGCUAAAGCAAGACGCACUCCAUGUCCUGAAUACUCUAAUACAGAACGGAGACCAGGGCAACCAGUUCCUUGUUGUCCGUGGCCUGACCAAGCCAGCUAUUGAGAGACUUGAUAAUGACAAAUCCAGUCUUGAAGUCACCUACCGGUUUCAAUGGGACGGCUCUGUUGGAAUAAUCAAGAUCCAACCUUCUGCUGCACCUGAGUUUACUACCAUGAACGUUGUUACCGUUAUCACUGACCAGCUAUCAGCCAUGGGAACUCCUAUGACCGAUGGAGCCUGGGGUGGUACCACCACCUACAAACCCCAGCCUGCAGCAGGAAAACAGGCGGACCAGAUUUUCGUCCCAGGCUCCCGUCGGCCACGUCAUGCGAGCAUCCGAGGAUGGCCUACUCUGGUCAUCGAAACCGGAGUCAGUGAAUCGUAUACCAAGCUUCAGGCUGAUGCGAAGUGGUGGUUCGCGAACUCCUUAGGUGAUGUCCGCAUCGUCAUUGUGAUAGUUAUAGGACGAGCCUAUGUCAAAUUUGAAAAGUGGCAGCUCGUUCCGCAGAAUGCCCCAAGGCCAGUCACACGAGCGUACAUCAACCAGCUGAGGGCGAACCCGGCGCAGCACUCCCCAACCGUCACGCAAGCUCCUCCUAACCGAUACGCCUACUCCGCGCACGAAGUGAUAGUGACAGAGACUACUGUCACUGAUGAUCCCAUGAUUCUUCCUUUUGAGGCCCUGUACGAACGGCCCCCUGGUCCCACUGAAAGGGAUUUUAUAAUCACCUCGCAGAUGUUUAGGGAAAUUGUGGACCCUGUUUUUUAA